AUGCAAUAACACAAAUAAUACAGAAAAUAUUCCAAUUACUUAGGAACUUAACUAAUUAAUCGAUAAAUGUUUAUAGCCUUUGAACAAUCAGCCAUUUCGGAUUAGAGUUUCAAUAAGGAUUCCAAGCAACGAAAGAUUUCUGCUAAUCUAUCAGCCUAAUUAUUAAAAAAGCUAGCAGCUACUAAGAAAGUGAGAUAUGCCUGGAUACUUCGAUAUUUUUGGUCACCCAAUAACAAAAAUCAAGUUGUAAAUCAAAAUAACUCAUUGAUUGAUUAUAACUACAAUAAAGAAAAUAUCCCAUAAACUGUCAGACCCAUUUAAGUGCCUACAAAAUGUCAAUACUAUUAUAAUCACUGGGCCUACGAUUCAAAGUUUUCUGAGUUAGAUGGAUUUGUCCCUCCAAUUCAAGGAAUCCCUGUCCCAAGGAAAUUGAGGGAAAAAUUCGAUUAUUUGAACAUGGAAAAUGUUGAUAUUUGGGUUGAGACUCCUGAUUUCCUUGAAUUUGCAAUCGGAUUACAUUUGCUGAGAAACCGUGAGGAACUAGUUCAUCACUUAAGGACUAAAGCGGCUGAAAGAGGCUUUAAACUUAAUUUACCUUAUGGGUAACUAAUUUACUUUUUAAACAUGAAUCAUAGGAAACCAAGUGAUAAACAAUGCUUUAAUUGCUAUAGAUCUGGCAAGAGGAAACCGAAUUCAACAUUAUCAAGAAAAACUGGCUGUCCAUUCUCAAUGAUAUAUAAAAAGGCAUACAUUGGAAAGGAUCCAUCAUUACAUCCAGCGAAUUAGAUACCAAAUCAUAAUGGAGCUGAACUCAGUUAAGAUGAUGGAUAAUAUGGUAUAUACUACCUAUCUAAAUUUCGAGGUCUUCACAAUCAUCCUCUUGAAAUGAAUUACAUCUACGCUGAAACCAAGGAGAAUGAAAAGCAAAGCUAAGACUCCUAACCAUGUUAGAUAGUAUUCUAAGGCAAGAGGCUGUGCAAUGAGAAGGAAAUGUAAGGAAAAUAUGAAACAGAUGCUCUUGAAGAUUUUAUGACCUACGAGUCGAAGAAGUUUGACAAAGCAGGGAAAUUUACUCUAAAAAUGAGAAAUUUGCAAACAAAUAUUCCUUAAAUUGAAAUCUAAAUCAGUAAUCCUGAAUGCGGUGAACCUUAACUCAUAUAAAUUAUCAAUGAGGAGUAUGAUUUAGGGGCUAUAAAUUAAAUUGAAUUGGAUGCAACAAUGGAUGAGGCAAGAGAAGCAUGUCUAAGAAUGUUUGAAAAAAUAGAAAAGGCUGCCUUAGACUAAGUUUAAAGAGACAAAAAAGUAAAUCCCUCUCAAAUGAAUAGCACUGUCUAUAAAGGCUCAUCAUAAUCUGGCACUAAUGUUUGUAGAGACCCUUUUAACUAUGACAGUAUCCAGGGUAACGCAACUAAUCAAAAUAUUAUUAGCUAGAAUGGUUUAAGCGCAGGGAUAAAAGGUCAUUUUGAUCCGAAAUUGAUGAUAAUUGAAAUUAAAAAAUCAGACUUGACUGAUGCGCAGCUACGGUAGUCCUAUAGCAAGAAAAAGAUUUAGCUCAACAGAUACUCUAGUGACGAUGAGGAACAAAGCAGUGAGACAGAAUAUGAUUCCGAUAUGUGA